CUCUCCUGUCUCCUCCUGAGCUCUCUCAAGGUCAGUUUCUCUGCCUCUCGCCGUCUCGCUUUGAGAAUUAAGAUGAUGCUAGGAUUUAAUUAGCAGAAAGUUGUUAGAUUUUUGUGAACCACAAUGUUCUUAACUAGGGUUUUUGGGAAGGCCCUAUUUGGUGCUGCAGCCAAAUCCGAGGCCUCGGUUGCCGCAGCUGCUGCAUUUUCUACUGCUGCACGCAACCCGCUCGAGGAAUUCUUUGAGGCUGAUAGAAAACCAGAUGAUGACACGCCUGUUGUCUAUGGUCGGAGUUGGAAGGCUUCUGAACUGCGUCUCAAGUCUUGGGAUGAUCUUAAUAAGCUCUGGUAUGUUCUUUUGAAAGAAAAGAACAUGCUGAUGACUCAGCGACAGAUGCUGAAUGCUCAGAACUUGAACUUUCCCAGUCCCGAGCGUAUUUCAAAGGUACGCAAGUCGAUGUGCCGAAUCAAGCAUGUCCUAACUGAGAGGGCCAUUGACGAGCCGGAUCCGAGGAGGUCCGCUGAGAUGAAGAGGAUGGUCAAUGCCUUAUAACUUUCAACUUAGUGUUGGGUUUUCAUCUUGAUUCGAGCUUCUGUCCUCGAUUCUUUGCUAGGUGCCUAGGUCCUUUGCCUCUCUACAUUAUGGAUGAUUUGGCUGUGACAUGUCGCCUGUAUUUCUGUCUUUUGAGGCGUUUCUAAAUGGAGAAAUAAGCCAUUUUUGACCGAAAUAUCAUUAUAUGAGGUGCCGAUUUGGAUUC